AUGCACUUCAAAAGAGCAUCCCCGCGCGGCGAUUCCGUAGUGCCGCCACCACACACAGAUGAAACCCCCUCUGGAGUUUUGCCCACUGCCUGGAGACGUGGAAUUGGCUUCGGACUUGGCUCCGGGCAGGGAUCUGGCCCCUCCAACGGCUCUACGAGGACGCCGCGGAUCUCAAGGCGGUUCUUAUUCGUAUCCUCAUCGUGGCUAGUGAGCUCUGGCAAGGAACUACUCCCGGACCAUGCUUUAUGCCCGUCUAGCUCAGCAAAGGCAUUGCGUUUCCCAGGAUCAGCGUGUCCGACGACUGUAUUAGCCUUGCUCCUGUGGCUUGAAACGUCAACGUAUUGGACAAUCAUCUGUGCGCCUCGUGGCGGCCGUACGGCUGGAGACGCCUCACGCGUCAGAUCCGGAGACAGCGACUCAGAGGCCCCUAGAUUAACACGCUGA